AGGAACCGCAUUGCCUGGCAACAUCUUCAUCUUCAUCUUCUUCGACCUGAGGAGUUACACAAUAAAGAACGGCAUUCCCACCUUCUGUAAAUCUAAAUGAGGGAGCACAAGAAACUGGAACUACUAGGAAUUUUGAAAUAGUAACGACCACGCCAUCAAUAGUUUUCUACACCCGUAGUUAUUUGAAUUUAUUAUUUUGUCAUUUCUUUGUUCUCUUACGCUUGCAUUGUGGCGAGCAACAUCAUACGUAAAGGUAAAAGCGUAUCAACCUAUUUUAUCAGACGAACCGCUGAAGCAAUGGGAGGGGAUUCGCGCGGCCGUCGGGAUCGCUCCCCCCGUCGCGGAAAAGAUGGACCCCCGCGCCGUCGCGACAGCCGCGAUGCCCGUCGGGGCCGUUCGCGUGACCGCGGGAUGUACAAAGGUGGUCACUUCGAUCGCGACGGGCCGAAAGGGGCCCGUGGGAAGGGCAAGGGCCCGGGGAUGGAAGACAACUACGACCCGAAAUUUGCCCAGGGACGGGCGAACUCGCUGCGCGUUCUCGUGCCCUACUCCGCGCAAAAAGCGAUCAUCGGCGUCGCCGGGUCGAAUGUGCGGGAGAUUGGCACCAAUUGCGGGGUCUUUCUCAACGUGUCGGCGAAACCGUUCACGAGUGGAGAUAACUGUACGGAUCACAUUGUCAGUAUUUCGCCAAGGCUGCAGGUAUUGAUGGCUUGUGGUUGUGUUCAUCUUGCAGAUCGUUGUGCAUGAGAAGAAGGACCUCCACAAGAUCUUCCGUAUUAUCUUUACUUUGUGAUGCGUUCUCGUACACGCUGAUUUCGAUGGAUUUACGAUGCAGAGGACCCUCCAUCUUCUACUGGUGCAGCUAACAUGGUUCUGAAAUGAAAAUGAUCCAGCUCGCGGGGUACGACCACGCGAUUGACCAGUGCGCUUUGGCGAUGAAGAACGUGAUGAAGCUCGUCUUCCCGGAGACCGAUCGUGAUCAGUACAAGUGUAUUUUCCUGGCCCCCACGAAAUUGAUGGCUUUGGUCGUUGGUACGAAAGGCGCGCGGAUCCAGCACCUGCGGAAACACUACAGAGUGGACGUGCAGAUCGACAGCAAGCCGGUACAGCAACAGUUCGACGCGGAGCUGGUAUGCAUUCUUGCAAAAGGGUCGCACUGGUAGAAAUCGCAUGACAAUUUUUUUUUUCCGCAGCGUGAGACAUGAAAUGUGUGAUGCGGAUUUACUUCGAGAAGUAGAUUUGUUCUUGUAAUGCGCCUUGACUGCGAUUGAUACUACGAGUGCGAUACUUUUGCAGUGCAUAGCUGGAACUGACAGGCAAGCUGACCGACGUGAUGAAAGUGGUGAACUUAUUGAACGACGUCUUUCAAGUGUUUUACGACGACCGGUCGCAGUCGGAGCAGCGGCGGAGACAGAUGGACGAAGCAAAAGAGGACAAGGCAAACCGGGGUUACGAAAACGCGGGUCCUCCGGCGGUGUCUGGCGGCGAGAAGGGGAAGGGAAAGGAUCGUGACCGGGAAGAAGAUCGUGACCGUGGUGGUCGAGGAGAGCGUGACCGUGAGGACGAUCGUCGCCGGGACCGCGAGCGAGACGACCGUCGCGGGCGGGUAUGCAUUGCAAAAAUGUCUGGGUCUGGAAGGAUCCGAACUUGUCAUGCAAACUCUGGAUUACACAAUAAUUUGUGUUGCGUGAACGCCAAAAGCUGUCAACUUUUUGCUACGCAAAUAGCGAGUUUCUCAUGCAGGAUAAGCAUCAAGCCACCCGAAGAAAACUUGUAAUGCUGCUGCGCGCAUUCCAGAGCAUCUGAGUGAUCCAAAACAUGCAUGACAAACUUGCGCAAUCUUCCAGACCCAGACAUAUUUGCAUUUGAUAACGAGAGGAACAGCACAACAAGGUAACUACUACGUCUGAUCAAGAAAAUGACGUCAAAUUCUUGAAAUCCACUACUGCUACAUCAGCUGCAACUACCAAUGAGAUGAAGACUACUGCCAGAACUAGUACAACUGACAGGCAUCAUCAACAAAAACGACAGAAUAGAAACGAUAAACAAAUACCUCAGCAUGAUGAUGAGAGGACCUCUAGUCGUCAACAAGAUUUGCACACAAAGACACUACUGAAAACUUCUGACCCUGCCGCAACGGGGGGGACCAAAGCUGCAGGAGCGGCGGCUGCUACGACUGAUAUUACACCGGGGAAGAUCGACGACCAGAGUCGCAAGCCGCGGCCGGUGAAGCCGAAAAAAAUUCGGGCUUUUCUCGACAAUAUACAAACCGACAGCGAAAAAUCCGACGGCAGUCGCAGUUGCAGCGAGUUUCGUGGGGAGGGUAGAUUGGCUGCCAUGAAGAGACUGAAGGAAGAGAGAGAACGUCUGUUGAAUCAAAACACCAAGGAUUCGUCGCGACGCAAUCCGUUCUUCCAUAAAAGUCGGGAACACGAACAUCAAAGCGAUGAAGACGCAAAAAGCGAGCGUGGUAGUGUUGACAUCAAAAGCAGAAACAACAGUCGCGCAGAUUCGUCUCGCUCUGGCCGCUCUAUCUCUGCUUCUAGAAACAGGAACAAGAGCUGCAUCAAAAGUCGUGACAAGAAUGAUGGCAACAACCAACCACAACAGACCAACGAGGAAUCGCAAGAGAACCGCUUCUACGCAUUGCAAAUAUGUCUGGGUCUGGAAGAUUGCAACUUGUCAUGCUAGAUCUGAAUCAUACAGAAAUCUGUGUUGCAUAAGUGCCAAAGGCUGUCCACUUUCUAUCGACGAGGAGUGGAGAGGGAGUUUCUCAUGCAGAGUAGGCAUGAUAACGACCUCACAGAAUGUGUCAUGCUAGCUCCCGCAUUCCAGACCUUAUGGGUCAUGGAAAACCUGCAUGACAAAACUUGCAUCUUUCCAGACCCAGACACUUUUGCAAUCCAUAGCUUCUCCCGUCGUAAUCAAGAUUCGAAGACGACCACUGCCGACCGACAGGACGACGAGAUUUCGCAUCGUGGCCUAUGACUUGCAAAAGUUUUAUACUACGCUUACAGAAAUAUGCAUGACAAGUUAUUUCGGCAAACUUUUAUUCUGUGCUGACGUAUGUCAUGCUAAUGUUGCAUAGUGAUACAUAGUACAUAGCCCUUCGCAGCUCGCACUUCUGAUGGUGAGACACCGCAAAGAACUUCGAUAUCUUCGUAAAGAUGAAGGAGCUGAAGCUGUAGCUUGCGCAUGCGCCGCCAGUGAGGUGCCUAGAAGUACUUUUGCGCAUGUCAUAAGCUGGCAAGACCCGCGACCACACCUCCAAGCCCCGCGCGGGGGAUCGUGGCGCUCGUAAUGUGGAUCGCGAGCGGGAAAAGCAACGCGGAAACACGACCCGGGACUCCAUGGGAGGCGGUGCAGUCGGGCCGCCGCCCCGGGCCUACAUCGCGACACACAACCCGCGACCGUUUACCAUGGUGCCGGACAUUCCGAUCGCGGAGCAGCUGACCUGUCUCGUGAAAAUCCCGGAUAUCCCGGAGUUUUUCUCGACGCAGGGCAUUGUCGCGCUGGACGACACGAAACAGGAAAUGGACGAAAACUUUUUUCUCCUGGACUUGCGACAGCGAGUCAAGGGCUUGGGAAGCGUGGAAUCGAUCUUCUUCUCGCGUGGAAAACCGCUGACGCAGAUUGAGGUCCGGGCGACGGAGGGAAUUUUGCCGUACAUCGUCUCCCAGGUGGUGGAACAGGUCCGGCUGGUCACCAUGUAA